AUGGCAGCGCCCUGGUUCUUGUCUGAGAGCGAUGGCGCGAGCUGGCACUGCAGGCCCCGCGCCGCUCUGUCGUCGAGCACCCUCUCCGCGGCUCAUCACGCUCUACAGUUUCUGAACUGUCCUGCCCCGCAAAAUCUCUCAUCAUCUCUUAUGUCUCAGCCGUCACUGAUCAGAUUUGCGACGAUUCGAACGGUUUUGAACGAAAUUGGCCACGCUUUUGUCGUGUUCCUCGGGGGAAAAUGUGUUGACAAAGGAGGGAACGUUUCUUCGUGUUAUUGAAACUCGCCAACUUUGUUUCAAUGGGGUUUGUGGUUUGAGAGAAGGGGAAAUGGGAUCUUCACUAGGAUUAGGAUCAUCAAAAAAAGAGAACAACAAGAGUUGUGAAAGAAUGUUUUUUUUUAUAAGCUGAAAAGAGCGAACACUUAAAGACAGAAACUUGAAACCUUGAACUCAAAUACAAGCCAUAAAACGCCUUCCAACAUUUUAAUUAAAUUUAUUUUUAAAUCUGGGAAAAUUUCUAGUGGCCACUAUAGGGUUUUGACGUUUUAGUGUCCACUAUAGUAGUCAAAUUAGUGGCCGCUAUAGAGGUCUAAGUGCAAUGAAUCUCCUUAUGAAGAAUGAAAGUUCUUUUGCGCAUAAACUAAAUACUUGUCUCAAUCCCAAAAGCUCCUUUUUUUUAUUAUUGCCAACUAUUUCUACUCCUUGUCCAAGUUCUCAUCAACUUUCAGCGGUGUAAAUACUCAAGGCUAGUGCGGGAAUGGGUGGAGUUUAGCCUGCGGCCAAUAACGCGGACUGCUACCGCGUCCGCCCAGACUGGUUUGAAGGCCCCUAUAUGAGCUUGAUGUUCCAGCGUGUUCACACGGUUUUCUACUUCUUUCCUACACUUUAUAAGUUCCACAAAAUUUUUUCAAAUAGGAUUUCAAGUUUCUUUUUUAUUGAAACUUUUUUGCUUCUUAGAUUUUCAAUCCAUCUUGAUUUUUUUAAGAAUUUGUCAGAUUUCAAGUUUCCGAUUUUUAAAGUGCCACGACUAAACUUUACAUUUGUUUUGCUUCAAACAAAAAAUUAAAAAUUCAACUGAUAGCUGAUUUGAUCAAAAAAAUGUGCAUUUUUUUCCUCUUUCUCUUGCAGUCAAGUUUUAAUUUUCACAUAUUCAAAACGGUAGAUCAGAGUUAUACUUAUUUAUGGAAACUAGUUUUGUGUUUCCUCUAACACGUUUUGGUUCAUUUUUCUGAUUUCUUUUCACAAAAUUGCCUCCCAAAACUUAAUUUUAUGAUCCUCAAUAAAACAACUUUUUCCACAUUUUUCCCUUUUCGAAGUCCUUUUCAUCAUUGAUAUUUUUAUAAAUUGUUUCGUUUCGUUUACUUUGUUCGCGUUUUUAUCAAUUAUUCUUUAAUUUAUGAUUCUUAAGACUUGGGAUCCGCCAAGAAGUGACCGUGCCGCAUGCUGAUUAUGGUCUGAUGGUUUUUCCAAAAAACUUCCUUUUGGGUCCGAACUUGUGGCAAGAGAAUCGAAUCGGGAACAAGAUUUCCCAUCCCUCACGGUUGGUUUUGAGAACCUUCAGAAAAAAAUUUUUCGAAAUCGUAGAAAAACAAUUUUUUGAAAACGUCAUCAAACAUCAAAAAAAAUAUGGAAAGCUCUUAAAGAUCAUUUUGCGACAAACAGCCAAAGUAACUGAAGAUAAUAUGACCGAUAAAAAGAGCUGAUUCUUGAGAUUUCAUUGAUAAAUCAAAUUUUGAAACAGAAAAUAAUUUUGAAAAAGUCCUGCCGACAUUUUCUUCUGGUAUAUGAAAAGCUUAAAAAGCACCGAAAUGAACUUUUUUCACCAAAAACAAUUUAGUUUUGUUACAUUUAAAUGGUGUCCAUAGUAAUGAAACAUGAACUUUUAGGUUCUUUUUAUGGUCCGAUUCUGAUGGCGGCGGCACCGCAGUGGAGACUCUGACCUAUCGAGUCGAAAAAAAGUGAAUUUUGAAUUUUACUUUGAUUUCAAAAAUUGAGUUCUUUCCAAAAAGGUAACCCUUCAGAUACUGCCGAUAUGGUGCCCGAGGCGUCGAUGUUCGAAAUAUCGUUUCGAGCUAGUUGAGGUCAGCUUUGAUUUUAGAAUCUUUGGACAUGAGGACGAGAAAUUUUGAGAGGGAAUAAGAGAAAAUCCUAUGAGGUAGUGCAUUUGAUAAAGGCAAUUUUUCUCAGUUUGAAAAGCAAAUAAACUCGCUUGUUGAGUUUUUUCUUCUAAAUGUUUUGAAAAAAAUUCUCGACUCAGUAUCCUCAUCUCACCUUUAUUAAAAAUUGGUUUCACAUGGAAACCCUCAAAAAAUAUGUUCGUCUGACCGGAAUCUAUUUCCGCCCCAAGUCAUUGAUUAUUCCAAAAAACAAUCUACGAGCCAUGCGACCAUAGUGUUUCGAGUCAAAGGAAAUGAAGUGAAACCUCAUAAUCACCCAACAUAAAAAAAAAACUUCAAAUGCACAAAUUUCAGUCGGCCCUGUUCCUUCAAAGAUGCGAAUUUUUCGUCAACGACUUUUUGAAAAAAGGAUUUUUUCUCUCGACGGCAGCAACAACUAUGGAGACGGAGAUGGAGAAGCAGUUGGCCUUUUUUUGUAUUUUUUUUCACCUUUUGCGGCUCAUUCUUUGUGAAAGACUUUUUAAUUGAUUUUUCAAACUUAAUAAUCCAAAAAAACAAAUAAAAAAAUUUCAAAAACCUAAAAAAAUGAUCCGACAGCUGUUUCGUUAUGUGUACAGCCCCUGUCUUCUUCCUAUUUUCAAACCUGUUCUUUUACUGUUUGAAACUUUAAAAAAAAUCAAGAAAUCGAAAAAAACCAAACUCUUCACAGUGGACCUUUUUAUUCAAGUCUUUUUUAUUUUUGAAGAGCUCGAAAUCAAGUUGUGGAAAGAACUGACUCAAAAUAUUUCGAAGAAAGAGGAAUUUAGAGAAUCAAGAAGUAAGUUAAUUGAAACGAUUUGAGUAAGAGAUAUGAACGGUGGCGCAGGUGGAAAAAAGCCAUUCCAAAUGCGUCCUAAAUUCAAAAAACAGGGCUUUUCGCCAUUUUUUGGGUUUCGAGUGGUGAAUUUUCGAUAUAGUCAAUGUUUCCCGACUUGAAAGGCGUGGGAGGCGUGGCAAGGGGCGGGACGCGUAGCGUGUGCGUACGCGGUUCUUGGCACGUGUUCAAUUCAACCGCUAGCGAGCAUUCAGAGAGCUUAUUUAUUGCUCUUUUCACUUGUUUUUUAAUUAUUUAUUGAUUAUGUUCAUGUGUGCAUCAAAAAAUAAAAGAAAAUACAGAAAAAGAGCGGUGGCCGAGCUUUUUAAAUAGUCGGAGGCGAUUGAAUUGAACUGGCGCCAAGAACCGCGUACGCACACGCUACGCGUCCCGCCCCUUGCCCCGCCUCCCUCGCCUUUCAAGUCGGGAAACAUUGACUAUAUAUUAUUUUAAGAAUAGUUAAAUUCGAGAGUUAAAGUACAAUUUUGACAAUGAAUAUCAAAUUUCUUCGAUUUUUUUGAUUUUUAAAUUUACUAUCCCCCUCGACAAAAACAGUCCCAGAGUUCUUUUUUUAUUUUUUUCAAAACUUGAAAAAAAUUUUUCCGUGUGCCUUUAAAUUUUGGAAAUCUUAUAAAACUUGAUUUUUAUCCUAUUGGAAUCGAGAAAAAAAGGCUGAAGAAAAAUUCUUCAAGGUUUUUUUAAUUUAAAAUCCUUGAAAGUUCUUGAAAAACCCGCUCUUUUUUUAAUGAAGAUGCUAGAAAAAAAGGUUUUUUUGAAAAAGAGUUUUUUUCAAGAAUUUUCGACGUGAUCCCGGUGUUUAUCAUAAUUGCAGAACAAUUCUUUCAAUCGAUGAUUUUUUAUGUUUCUUUUUUAUCCUUCUCUAUCUCUGUCCUUCCUUUCUAACUUUUUUGAUUUUUCUAUUCUCCUAUUUUUCCUGCUGUCCUUCCCUUCUAUUUCUAACUUUCUACUUUCCUAUCCUCCUUCCUCUCUACCUUCCUCUCCUCACCCAUUUUUUCUUUCCUAUACUUUUAAUUUUUUUCUUUCCUUUCCUCCUAAUCUCUACCUGAGCUUCUUCUAUCCUCCUCCUAAUUUUUCCCUUUCCUAUCCUCCUUCCUUUCCCUCUUCCUAUCCUCGUUCAUUUCUUCUUUCCUAUACUUCUAACUUUUCUCUUUCCCUUCCUUCUAUUAUUCCUAAUUUUUCCCUUUCCUAUCCUCCUUAUUUUCUCUUUCCUAUCCUUCUAUCCGAUCUCUCCCUUCCUUCUGAUUCUUUUUUUUUCUGUAGGAUUCUUCGAGAAUCCCCAAGUGAUUUCUUUUGUUCGGUACUAUUGCUUCUCUCUGUCCUUCUUCUUUACUUCUUUGUUGUUGUCGUUGAUGUGUCAAGGUUUCCUUCAAAAUUUUGUUGAUGAUAAAAUUCGCAUAAGCUUUAAAAAGCUGAGGAUUGUUUGAUGAAGAGAAAUAAUCUAGACUUUGAAUAAUGGCUGUUAUGAAUGUUUCAGGAGCCUCAUUUAAGAUGACCGCGCCCAGUUUGCCAAAUAACUGUGCACUGUUUGCGAUACUUGUCGUCAUGCGAAUUUAGACGCCCGGGAUUUCAUUCCACGGGUGCUUUUAAAAGAGAAAAUUUGGUGAAAGAAUAACUCGGAGAGUCCUCUGGAAAGCAAUGAAAAAAAUUGGUUUAAGAUCGCUAAGAAAACCCAAGCUUCGGGAUUCCAGUCACUGGCGGAAGCUCUCCACGGAAAAAAAACGCGGGUAAACGCGGGAAUAGAUAUCAAACGUCGGUACUCUCACAAUUUAGCUCUUAUAAAUCUUCCAAGUUGUCAUUUUCUUACCGGUCUCUUACCGGUUUUUCGGGUCGGGUCUUCGCAGACACUGCGAGUUCACACUUUCUCACCGAUUAGGGCCUGUUUUCUAUUCUUAUAUCGUUUACUUUCGUCAGUUUACUGAUUUCUUGCUUCCCGUAGUUUUCUCUUUUAAAAACCUCCGCGGAAAGAAAUCCCCGGUCUCUAAGCUCUGACCCUUCAGACUCUUCUGGAAAGGAAAACUGAAAAAAAUUUACGAAAAAUGACAUUUUACCAGCGUGCGUGGCGAGAAGUGCGUGAGGACUAAUAAAAUUAUAGGUACCAAGGAAAAAACAAAUAAAAUUUUAAUGGUCUUUAUGGGCUGCGCCUUAGCAACUUCUUAGCAACCAGUUAACGCCUUGCAAUUUUCGGUUCUCGUUUUAUUGUUUAUUGUCACGCAAAGCAAAGGAGCAUGCUUUCAAAAAAAUCUUUCUUUUCUGGAAAACUUUUCAGCCACUUAGAAGCGUCGCUUUUCACAUGAUGUUGACACUUUUUAGCGAAACAAUAGAAAAGUAACGCGUUCUUAGAAACGAUAGAAACUAUUAAUAGAAAAAGGGUGGAUCCUGAACGUUUCAAGGACGCCGGAGGCAAGGAGAAAUGGGUGGAGCCGGCCAAUCAUUUCUCUUCAAGAAUGGGCGGAGUUUCUGACAAGAGCUCCUAUUUAAGAGAGCCCCCGAGGCGUUCGUUUCAUAUCGUCUCAGUUCGCCGAACGCCUUCCUCAGUCUUCAGCCCUCAUCUCCUCCCUCGUCCUUUCCUCCACCUUUUUUCUUCUUGCUCAAUUUAAGUGUCCUCUUUCUGUAUAAAAAACUCGGGCCUGUUUUUCAAUUACAGGUUCAAAACUACAAGUGACCUGCACCUUCGCUUCCAGACGGAUUUGGUUUUCUUCUUAUUCUUCUAAUUCUUUCUUGUUUUUUUUUUGAGUUUUCCUUCUAACUUUGGUGCUCUUUUUCUUUUUUUUAAAUGCAGUUUGGGCCAAUUUUCUAGUUAAACAUUCAAGGUGAUCUUUUGUUUAAUAGUCUUGGUUUUUAUUCUUGUUCCCCUCUCAGCCUUUUCUUCAUCCUAACGUUUCAGUUUGAGGAUAUGCUAGCUCCAGAUUCAUCACUCUUCAGAAAUGUGUUCCAUUAGCCAGUAUUAAGUCAACAUUUUAGAUUUAUCUUGCAUCUUACAAUGUCUUCCGUUGAGAGUUCCUUUUCUAUUUGAUUGAAUACUCCAUAUUCCCCCCCAUUCGAAAGAACGUUGGCGAGUGCUUACUAGACCCCCGAACUUUAUCUAUAUCUAAGAUAAGCUCGUAGGUCCAGUAAACACGCACCACCGUACUGAUUUCCGUUUGAUCGCGCUCGAAAAUUGCGAUUUUCUCUUUCAAUUUCUUCUCGUUUCGUGAUUCGAUAUUGUUGUUUGAAGAUUUGAAAAGAAUAAAUAUGUUUUCAGGGCUGGGUACCGUCUUUGGCGGCCAUGUCGCGGUGAUCAACCGACGGCGAGAGAUCUUCAGAAGUUGAAAAACUUCAAAAAGGAAAAGGUCAUUUUGUCCGACUUUAAUUUCAAAAACAACUCAUUUUUUUAGAUCCGGCCGACAAAGGACGGCGCGCCGCAGCACGACUUCAAAUUGGUUUCUCCGGAGAGCAGUUUUGGAGGUAAAUUUUUCAUUGUAUGAAUCUAAUAAUAUAAUGUUCCAAUUUACAGUUCGACGCUGGUCGAAAUGGCGCUGA